UUGAUUGAUGGCCAAACCCCAUGCCUCGCCUCUCGUUUGCGUGAUUGCCAAAUGCUAUCCCUCUCCUCUCUAUUGAUUGAUAGACAAAUGCCUUCUUUCUCUCUCGUUUGAUUGAUUGCCAAAUCCCUUCCCUCUCCUCUCGGUUGAUUGAUAGACAAAUGCCUUCCCUCUCCACUCGCUUGAUUGAUAGCAAGUGCCUUCCCUCUCCUCUCGUUUGAUUACUUGUCUAAUGCCUUCCCUCUCCUCUCGUUUGAUUAAUUGUCAAAUCCCUUCUCUCUCCUCCCGUUUGAUUGAUUGCCAAAUCCCUUCCCUCUCCUCUCGGUUGAUUGAUGGCCAAAUGCCUUCCCAUACGUCUCUAUUGAUUGAUUGCCAUGCCUCGCCUCUCGUUUGCGUGAUUGCCAAAUGCUAUCCCUUUCCUCUCGUUGAUUGAUUGCCAAAUCCCUUCCCUCUCCUCU